CUAAUUCGUCACAAUACCUUCUUUCCAUUGUGUUCUUAUUUGGUGACGAGUUUGAGUUGUUUCUUAUUUCAUUUAACGCAGGAAUACUCCCGGUUUUUAUAUUUCCAACUGGUGAGGUCCUUGUCGAGGAACAACUAAAAGAUUACGUGGAUAAUCUUCAAUCGAACAAAAUUGGAAACAUAACCGAUGAACGGCAUCAAGCAGAAUGUCAAGCAUUCAUAGUGUUAGCCGAUACAAAGUUGAAAAACGCACUG